UAAAACAGGUCGGAUACGGGUAUUACCCGACCGGAAAUAAAUCAGCACGGGCGUCGCAUUGACGGCUUCACGGCUUUGGCGAAUCGCAUCAUGAGCCUUCCUCCUUCACUGAUACGCCUCUUUCAUCAACCCUUCUCUGCCUCCGUUGUCAUUCCAAAUUCAGGUAUUGUAGUAGGUCUCUGAGUUAUCUGAUUGAUAGAUCAGAUAAAAGUUUGUAAAGAAUGAUGACAACGAAAGUGAGGAGAGUGGGCAAGUACGAGGUUGGUCGCACUAUAGGUGAAGGCACCUUUGCUAAGGUUAAGUUUGCGAGGAACACAGACACUGGUGAAAAUGUAGCCAUCAAAAUUAUGGCUAAGAGUACAAUACUUAAGCACAGAAUGGUUGAUCAGAUAAAAAGAGAGAUAUCAAUUAUGAAGAUUGUCCGACACCCUAACAUAGUGAGGUUGUAUGAGGUCUUGGCAAGUCCUUCAAAAAUAUAUAUCGUUUUGGAGUUUGUGACAGGAGGAGAGCUCUUUGAUAGAAUAGUCCAUAACGGGAGACUUGAAGAAAGUGAGUCUCGCAAAUACUUUCAACAGCUUGUAGAUGCUGUUGCUCAUUGUCACUGCAAGGGUGUCUUCCACCGUGACCUAAAACCAGAAAAUCUUUUACUCGAUUCAAAUGGAAAUCUGAAGGUUUCAGAUUUCGGACUCAGUGCAUUGCCUCAGCCUGGAGUAGAGCUUCUGCGCACCACAUGUGGAACUCCGAACUAUGUAGCUCCUGAAGUACUUCGUGGCCAAGGUUACGAUGGUUCAGCAGCAGAUAUUUGGUCUUGCGGGGUUAUUCUUUUCGUUAUAAUGGCUGGAUUUUUACCCUUUUCUGAGACAGAUCUUCCUGGGUUGUAUAGAAAAAUAAAUGCAGCAGAAUUUGCUUGUCCACCGUGGUUUUCUGCUGAAGUGAAGUCUUUAAUACAUAAGAUACUUGACCCCAACCCCAAAACACGUAUUCAAAUACAAGGAAUUAGGAAAGAUCACUGGUUCAAAUUAAAUUAUGUGCCUAACCGAGUAAGGGAAGAGGAAGAAGUCAAUUUGGAUGAUGUCCGUGCAGUUUUUGAUGGAAUUGAGGGCAGUUAUGUAGCGGAGAAUUUAGAGAGCAAGGAUGAGGGCCCCCUGAUGAUGAAUGCCUUUGAGAUGAUAACCUUAUCACAAGGCUUAAAUUUAUCAGCACUAUUUGAUAGGAGACAGGAUUUUGUUAAAAGACAAACCCGUUUUGUUUCUCGAAGGGCACCUAAUGAAAUAAUUGCUAAUAUUGAGGCUGUUGCGGACUCAAUCGGUUUUAAAUCUCAUACACGAAACUUCAAGACAAGGCUUGAGGGAUUAGCUUCGAUCAAGGCCGGGAAGUUGGCUGUUGUGAUAGAGAUUUACGAGGUGGCGCCAUCGCUUUUCAUGGUGGACGUUAGAAAGGCUGCUGGUGAAACUCUUGAAUAUCACAAGUUCUACAAGAAGUUAUGUGCUAAACUGGAAAACAUUAUAUGGAGAGCGAGAGAAGGAAUGCCAAAGUCAGAGCUUCUCAGAACAAUCACGUUUUGAUCCCCACGUAAGUCCGACUAAAUGUAGUUGACUAGUGUAAUAAAUGACGUAAUUAUUCUUCACAAAGAUCGGAAGAUUUGCGUCUUGAGCUUGUAUUCCAAUUUUAUUGUCUUGUAGUUCGAUUUGGCUAUUGGAUCUAUUUGUCUGUGUAUGGCCAUACUUGUCAAAACUUGUCCUCAUAAACAAUCAAAAACCAAGAUGGAGGAGAGGUUUGGAAACGGGGUUUCAGAAUCUAAAGCUUGCUAAUAAAGUAGAUAUGCAUGGUGAA